CAGUUUACAUAGCGUCUUCAGUGUACAUAAUAUAUUAAUGUGUACAAGUACUGAAGCGGAGUAUAGUGUUACGACAGUGCAGUUACAAAUCUGAAACUGUUAAGGUGAUUUUUAAGGUUCCUGUACAAAAAAAAUUACCUCGUUUUUAUAGAGACUACUACAUAACACUAUAAUUUUUAGAGGAAAUGUAUGACGUUUGAGGAAGAUGGAAAGUAAUUCCAACAUAAUAGGUGUUCGAGUAUAUACGUUCGUAGAUAAUAAAAACGAGGAUUCCAGUGACAGUUGGUGGGAGAAAUUAUGUUUACGAUGUCAUCAAGAAGACUCGUCACCGUCCUGGCAGCCGUCUUGGUGGUCGAAAGUGUUCCCUUUCCCCUUCUUUUCUACUUAUAGACAAACUGCACAACAACUCUGCAUUAUUAUGUUUUUUCUGCUAAGUUGGGGUAUCUUAUAUGCAGAGUUGGGAGAGUCGGUGGGCUUGAAUGGCGAACUACUCGGCAUGACGAUUUUAGUCAUAUCGGCAUACUUAGUUGGAUGGCUGUGGUUAAAAAUCACUACAUUACCGGCUCUUAUAGGCAUGCUAGUAACAGGGAUUUUGUUCCAAAACCUAAAUAUAAUACACAUGACCGACACUUAUAGGAAGCUAAACCAAGAUUUAAGGAAAGUAGCAUUAGUAAUAAUUUUGACUAGAGCAGGUCUGGGUCUGGACGCUGCAAUUUUAAGAAAGCACUAUGUUGCUGUUCUACAACUAGGUUUACUGCCGUGGCUAGUCGAAUGCAUAGCUAUUAGCGUUACUUCACAUUUCCUAUUAGGACUGCCUUGGAUUUGGGGUUUCCUCUUAGGGUCGAUGAUAGCUUCAGUAUCUCCAGCUGUGGUCGUCCCUUGUCUCUUCAGGCUAAGAGACGUGGGUUAUGGAGUCUCUAAAGGAAUUCCGACUUUGCUUCUGGCUGCUGCAGCCAUAGAUGACUCCAUCAGUGUUGCCAUUUUUGCUAUAAUUUUGAACGCUAUGUUCGCCCCGGGAUCUGUCACCUUCAAUAUUAUAAAGGGGCCUCUGUCAAUUAUCGUUGGCGUUGUAUGUGGAGGGUUAUGGGGGGCAAUACUUGCAAUUAUACCAGAGAAAGGCGAUGUAUACAUGGUGCCUUUGAGAUUUUUAGCUUUAUUUUUGGGAGGAUUAUUCUCUUUAUUUAUAUCAAGCCUUGUCGGUUGGAGCGGAGCUGGACCCCUUGCCAUAGUUUCAUCAGGAUUUGUUGCAGCCUUGUACUGGGAAAAACAAGGAUGGCCGGUCAAUAAGAAUCCAGUUAGCAAUAUAUUCAGAAUUUUAUGGAUAUUCUUUGAACCUAUACUUUUUGCUUUCACUGGAGCACAAAUUACCAUUAGUGCCUUGGAUCCUGAAGUGAUAAAAAUGGGUGCAAUAUGUCUCAUCUCCUGCUUAGUAUUACGUGUUAUAGCAACCUUCUUGGUCAGCUUCGGCUGCGGACUUAACAAAAAAGAAAAGCUAUUUAUCGGCGUAACUUGGCUCGCUAAAGCUACUGUACAGGCAGCGUUAGGUCCCGCUGCAUUGGACCUUGUGAACAGCGGUCAGACAUCAGGUAUUCUUCCAUCAGAUGAAGAAAAACAUUCCAAGGCGCUUUUGGCUGUAAGCGUACUCAGUGUGAUAAUAUCGGCUCCACUGGGGGCAAUCCUAAUUGCUAUAACUGGCCCACGGCUACUGACGAAAGGUGAUGGUAAUGAUUCUAAAAAUCUGGAAGAUGGCGACAUUGGACAAAGGAUCGAUACUCAAUUAUAAAACCUUGUCUUGUAGCUCAUAAAAAGAUCUAUAUUAGAAUUUCCAAACUUUAUAGUCAAAAUAUGCAGAAUGUUAUAAUAGUGCCUACCUUUUAUCUCCACAUUUACUUUGCUACUAGUCACAAAAACCUAAACCUAUCUAACUUCACCAUUAUAUAAUUGUUAAACCCAUGUAAUUUAUUGUAAUUUAAUAAUAACGGUUGUCGUUAAUUUAACGAAUUUAAUAUAUUGUAUUCUUUGUAUAAAUUUUAAAAGUAAAAAAUCUUUUAUUAAAAUAAUUAUCUUUAUAAAAUAUAGCGCGUUGGAUUGAAGGUGCCUGUAUUAAUCCACGUAUUACUUUUUUUUACUGUGGGGGCCCUUAUUUACUCGUUCAUAUAAUUAAAUUAUAUUAAAAUUGUAGCUAAUGUACUUAAAUAUAUCUAAUACUUAUAUUUUAAAUAAAAUCUCAAACACGAAAUGGCAAUGAUAGAAAUACCUAAAAUAUUGUUAGAUUUAUGUGGAGUGGUAACACAUACGAGUAUAACGACUUAUCUAUUUUUUAUACUAAUUAUAAAAUUAGAUUUACACAUAGAUACUUAAGAAUUUUAAGUAAAUAUUUCAAUGAUCUGUUUUAUUUGCUUUAUUAAAUCGUUACUUAAUUUAUAAACUGUCGUAGAUAUUAAGUACUUAUUUGUGACGAAAAUAUGAAAUCCCGGUACUUACUACUAAAAAUAAGUGAAUGAUACUAUUUAACUAUGUAUUCCGUGUGGAAACAGAGUACUAUGUAUUAUAAUCAUCAUACUCCUAUUUAUAUCUAAUAAAAUAUAGCGAACAUCAAUUUUUAUUAUUAUAUUUUAAAUAAAUAAAUCUUUGUAUAUAAUAAACAUUACGUAUGUUGUAUUUGUGUGUUUUUGUGAAUGUACUUAUAUAUUAAAUAAUACUUACCUACUUAAUUUAUUAAACA